AUGGCCAUCCUCGACAUUCUGAACAAGCCCGUAUUUGCCAGUCGAUUCAAGCUGCCUCUGCACAUCGUCACUGGUAUUCUCGUUGUUAUCGUCGUCGGCCUUUCGGUACCACGACUAUUCAUGAAGAACCAACCGCGGACUCGAGCAGGCACCAUAGCACUCGGCAUGGGAGCCAAGUCACUCAUCCUGCUCUCGUACAUGCUCGCCACAGAACACGUCCGCAGUCUCAGGCGAUGGCACAGCUACAAAGCCAAUGCCAUCAUCAGCUGCCUCGAAAUCGUCUUCUGGGGCGCCGUCGCUUUCCUCGUAUUCCAAGCCAACCUGUCGAAGUGCGAGGGAGUUAUGUGCUAUCUUAGCUGGGUCGUAGUCGGCAUCGCCGUGGUCAUCAACCAACUCGAAAUCUACGGCGCUUGUAUCGCUAUCCGCGAGUUCCGCGAGUCCCGCAAAGCGCCCAGCGGUGUUCUACUUUCGUCGGCAGUGAGUCGCGGGACAGAUGAGGAGGAAAUGGUAGCCACUCCUUCUUCUUGGCCUCAGAGCCCGCAGCCGGCGAGAUAUCAUGCGCAGGUCGUGCGCGGCAAGCAGUAG